CGGGCAACGGCUGGAUAGGCGCCGCGAGCCGGAUGUCGGUCGUUUGGUGGUUUGGUACGCGCCCGGGAAAACCGUGUCCGUGCGGACGGUAACGGUGUAACAACAACGUAACGGUGCGACCGCAGGCGAGAUCGACAGUCGCCACGGUCGUGUCUAUUAUUGCGUUCAAGAUGAGUGACUGUGACAAAAAAUUCCGAUUUCUUGUACUUGGUGGUACUGGAUUUAUUGGCAGGCAUUUUGUAGAGUUCCUCAUAAAAAAUAAUGUUGCAUCUAAGAUCCGUGUUGCAGACAAGGUCCCACCUGAAAUGGCUUGGUUGAAUUCUAAUCACAAGGAGAUAUUUGCGAAUCCGCUAGUCGAGUUCAAGAGUGCUAACCUAAUAAAUCCCGUUUCAUGUGCUGCUGCAUUUGAUGACACAGAUGAGCCCUUUGACUUCACUAUCAACUUGGCUGGCGAAACAAAGCUCAACCUUCCUGAGAGUAUUUAUAAAGAAGGUAUACUACAUUUGAGCACAAAUUGUGCAAAGGAAGCUGCCGCUCACCACGUGAAACGCUAUGUUGAAGUUUCUUCCGGCCACAUGUAUUCCGCAGGAAAGAAACCGUCAGCGGAAGAAUCUGAAAUAGAUCCCUGGACUGUGAGUGCUUCUUUCAAAUUGCAAGUGGAACACGCCCUGGAACUAAUGACAGAGCUUGACUAUGUGAUUUUGCGACCAGCUUUAGUUUAUGGAAUAGCGGAUAAGAGGAGUUUAACUCCUCGCCUGCUUGUUGGUGCUGUGUAUAAGCAUUUAGGGGAAAUGAAGCUCCUGUGGACAAAAGAUCUGAAAAUGGACACUGUUCAUGUGUCAGACUUAUGUCGUGCCAUUUGGCAUGUCUGCCUUCACGGGAAGAGAGGAGAAGUCUUCAACGUGGUUGAUGGUGGCAACACAACUCAAGGAAAAGUGACAGACAUCAUAUCAGAGAUCUUCAACAUCAAUCAUGACUACCUGGGAGUAGCUCUGUCACUUCUAGCAAAGGCCAAUAUGCAGAGUGCAGUAGAAGACAUCAAUGAGAAACAUCUUCCUCCAUGGGCGGAAUCAUGUCAGAAAGACAACGUUAUAAAUACACCCCUUUCUCCAUACUUGAGUCAGGAGCUACUGAGCGAUAGAGAUCUGUGGUUGGAUGGGAACAAGCUUCUGAGGACCAGCUUUACUUACCAGGUACCAGAGCUGCAAAAAGCCCAUAUUGAAGAUGUACUGAAUGACUAUGUUCAAAUGGGAAUCUUCCCAAAGUCAUUACUUGCUUAAGCAGGGAAUCACCGCAAGGCUUGCUAGUCACCGGCUUAUGAAAAAUACAGUGCCUUUAGUAAGUAUAAAAGCCUAGGAAACUAUUUGCAAAGGACCUGAUGUAUGCUCAAUGCUUAAUAGCAAUAUUCCAUUUGAUAAUCUUUACAGUGCACAUUCCAAUUUUACAUGUUAAAUGCAACUCUUGUGCAAUCCUCUUUUUCGCUCUUUUUUUUUAUAAUGUGGAUGCUGUUGGUGCCAUACUCUCUAGUAAACUCAUUGUGAGCCUUGUUAGCAAAUUUAUGUGUUUCUUCUACAUCUCCACUAUACAGUUUCAGAUUAAAGUUUUGUGUAGUGUUCUGCAAGUGCCGUG